AUGACGAGUCCAGCAACAACAAGACCGGGCUGGGACGAUGCCCAUUUCACUCCGUCAAACAUACCGUAUGGCAUCGCCAGCACAUCUUCUCAUCCAGGCGCCCGCCCCGUGACCCGACUCUACAACAAUGUGUACUUCCUCUCCGACCUCAUCUCACACAACCUCAUCGGACCCUUCCCACCCGACACAGCCUCCACCCUAACCAACGAGUCCACCCUCAAUGCUUUCGCCGCUCUUUCCACAAGCACUCAUCAGGAGGUCCGCUCCGCGCUCCAGAAGCUCUUCCUCGACUCUCCCCAGCAGCAAGCCCCGGAGCAGCUCCAGCCCUUCGCCCAUCCCCUCCAAAGCGUCACUCUCCACCUGCCCUUCCAGACCGGCGACUUCACCGAUUUCUCCUGCUCGCACGACCACGUCCUCAACGCCGGCGAAGCCGCCACCGGCACCCGCGCCCUCCCCCCAGCCUUCCCCUACUAUCCCAUCGGCUACAGCGGCCGCACCUCAUCCAUCGUCCCAUCCGGCACGCCCAUCACCCGCCCUUACGGUGCAAUCCGUGCCAGCUCCACUACAACAACAGGAGCAACAGCGCCAAGUGUGGUAUUCGUCCCCUCCCGCGCCGUCGAUUUCGAGCUCGAAGUCGCCGCCGUCAUCUCCCGCCCCACAUCGCUUGGCGAUCGUGUAUCCCUCGCAGACGCGGAGGCCCACAUCUUCGGCCUGCUGCUGCUCAACGACUGGAGCGCGCGCGACAUUCAGACGCUGGAGAUGCCGCCGCUGGGGCCCCUGAAUGGCAAGUCGUUUGGGACGACGCUUUCGCCGUGGGUCGUGCCCAUGCAGGCGCUGGAGCCAUUUCGCUGCAGCGGGGCGGCGCGGCGGGAAGAGGGGAAAGGGGCAGGGGGAGGGGGAGUUGAGCAGCCGGUUGCGUAUUUGAGGAGUGAGGUUGGUGCGGAGGCGCUGGGGCCGCAUUUUCGGAUUGAUUUGCAGGUUGAUCUGUUUCCUGGAUUUCAUGAGCAGGCGCGGCAAGGGCUGGGUGAAGCUGUGGAGGGGGUGACGGUUUGCCGGUCACGGCUGGAUACUCUGGCGUAUGGUUUUCGGGACCUUGUAGUGCAUCAGACCGUCAACGGAUGUGCCCUGCGGACUGGGGAUCUAUUGGCUACGGGGACGGUGUCAGGGUCCGAGGAGGGGUCGCUGGGCUGCUUGAUGGAGAUGACAAAAGGCGGGAAACAGACCCUGAAGCUGGGUAAUGGGGAGCAGAGAGUGUACUUGGAGGAUGGCGAUGGGGUGCGGUUGACGGGUUGGGCUGGGGAGUUGGGCACCGUGGAAUGCGUCGGUUUUGGAGAGGCUUGGGGAGUGCUGCUGCCAGCGAGGGAAUAG